UUCAUUUCCCCCGCAGACGGUGCUCGCUCGCGGACGGUUCUUCCUCGGAGCCAGCCCCUCCGCCACCGACUGCCGCCAUGGAGGCCAUCAAGAAGAAAAUGCAGAUGCUGAAGCUGGACAAGGAGAACGCGCUGGACCGCGCGGAGCAGGCCGAGGCCGAGCAAAAGCAGGCGGAGGAGAGGAGCAAGCAGCUGGAGGACGAGCUGGCCGCCAUGCAGAAGAAACUCAAAGGCACGGAAGACGAGCUAGAUAAAUAUUCUGAAGCUCUCAAAGAUGCCCAGGAGAAAUUGGAGCUUGCAGAGAAGAAGGCAGCUGAUGCAGAGGCGGAAGUGGCCUCCUUGAACCGCCGCAUCCAGCUGGUCGAGGAGGAGUUGGAUCGGGCCCAGGAGCGCCUCGCCACGGCCCUGCAGAAGCUGGAGGAAGCCGAGAAGGCGGCGGACGAGAGUGAAAGGGGCAUGAAGGUCAUUGAAAACAGAGCCCUGAAGGACGAGGAGAAGAUGGAGCUGCAGGAGAUCCAACUCAAGGAGGCCAAGCACAUCGCCGAGGAGGCGGACCGGAAGUACGAGGAGGUGGCCCGGAAGCUGGUAAUCAUUGAAGGAGACCUGGAGCGCACAGAGGAGAGGGCUGAGCUGGCAGAAUCUAAAUGCUCAGAGCUGGAGGAGGAGCUGAAGAAUGUCACCAACAACCUCAAAUCUCUUGAGGCCCAAGCAGAAAAGUACUCUCAAAAAGAGGACAAAUAUGAAGAGGAGAUCAAGAUUCUCACUGACAAACUCAAGGAGGCCGAGACCCGUGCCGAGUUUGCCGAGAGAUCCGUAGCCAAACUGGAGAAGACUAUUGAUGACUUGGAAGAUAAACUGAAGUGCACCAAAGAGGAGCAUCUCUGUACGCAGCGCAUGUUGGAUCAGACCCUGCUUGACCUGAAUGACAUGUAAAAGGCUCUCCCGGCAAACGGACCAGCCUGCCUUGCCCUUUCUCUCUCUUUCUCUCUCUCUUUGUUUCCCCCUACCCACUCCACUGCCUCUGCCGCCCCCAUACACAGCCUCGGGUUUUCUGCCAGGGCCAACUCUUGUCUUUAAGAAGGGGGAGGGAAGAAGAAGAAGAAAAAAAAGAGGAAAUGGAGGAAAAGUAAGGCCAAUCUCUUUGACCCUCGAUGAGGAGACGGGCCAAGGAUUACAUUCCACAUUUUGUUUUGUCGCUGUAGCCUGCCAACUUUCCUCUUUCACAGGGGUCUUCUUGCAAGCCUGGGCCGCCUCCCGUGUGCCCUCGCGAAGGGAAAACCUGCACAUGAUGCCGUACGGAGGUGUGUCCAAGGUGGACGCUAACCGUGGCACGAGGGGUGGCCUUCCCCCCACAUACACACACCUUUAUGUCUGGUUGCGGCUGGCGGAAGCAUUGUGUGUAACAAAGAAGGCUCGCCACCUUGCUUUUAAGGCCCGCCGUUCACCCCACUCUCACAUUGCGGUCUGGUGCGCGCCCCUUGCAGCUCACCGGAUUUUUAUUUGGGUGGCGGGCAUAAGGGGGGGGGAGUGCCUUGUUCCAACUUAACAGAUGAUGGAAGGGUCAUAAACGUCCUGGCCUGGCCGAACAAGACCCCCCCUCUCAAUAAGGGGAAUUCACCAAACAGAUCCCUUUUUAUAUCUCCUUGAUUCGAGUCUAGAUGUUGCUGCCGGCGAGGGUGGAUUUGGGGACGCGAGGGUGCGUUUCUUUGCCAAAAACAAAAAAAUAUGGUGCAGCCUUAGCACAUUCUCACGCGCGGGUGAUUUUUUAUCACGAUUUCUAGUCCGGGAGGAAGGUAACCGCAGUGUCAAAAGUGAUCCGUUUUCUAUAAAUACACUUUUUAACGGUUCUUGUUCAGUACCUGCUCUCUCUUUCUUCCUUUCUCUCUCUCGUUUUCGCACCUUGCUUCGAAGAACUGGCAGCUCCUCCGUUUUGGUCUCGUCCGUGAUCCCCGUGGAAUCUCUUCCCCUGCCAGGCUUAUAACUUGCGUUGUGCUCGGUAAAGCUUUUUUUUUGGUGUCUGAAUGUUUUGUGAGGAGAGCAACUUUUGCCAUGCAGUUCAUGUGGGACGAGAGGGGAAAUCUCCUGUCCUUCUCUCACCGGGAGCCUCCUCCUAAUUGUCUUAAAAGAGAACAACUGGGCAUUUUGACUACGAUGUUGCCUCCCGGUGAGAUUUCUUUUUUUGCCAAGGUGUCUGCUGUUUAUUUUUUUUUCUUUUGUCUGCCUCUCCUCUCGGAGGAGGCGGCGGCGUGUCAACCAUAGUGGCUUCUCAGUGGCCAUUGUGGAGAAAUGAGGAAAGCAUAUCAAGUGUUUUGAUAC